AUGACAGAACACCUCGCGUCGUUCACGACGCUCGGCGCGCAAGCGCUCGUGCCAAUUGCCAUCGGAUCUUUCCAGUCCCUGCGCAUCCCCGCACCUGUGCGCGCUAGAAAGCGCGCAGCCCGCCGCGCCCGCAUCAACCUCGAGCUCGAGGAAGACGAGGAUAUUCUCGACGAGAAUGAGGGCGAAACACUCACCCUCGCCGAUUCUAUCCUCUUCCCGAUCCUAGGGAGUAUCGCUCUCCUGGGACUAUAUGCUCUGAUCACGUACGUCGAGCCCUGGAUACUCGACAUCAUCCUCGGCUGCUAUUUCUCCAUCGCCUCAGGCCUCGCGGUUCAGAGCACCCUCGACAGCAUUCUCCACUUCAUCCUCCGCGCGACCGGGUUGGCCGGAUCGACGUACCACAUCCGCGUGUCUUCUGGGAUUAAGCAAAUCGCUCAUGUGCCCUUCCGCCGCGCGUCUCUCCUCGCCCUUCCUUUCGCUCUCGGCCUUCCGGCUGCAUACAUUGCUCUCGGCCGGCCAUACCUCAUUUCCAACGCUCUCGCUCUCUGCCUCGCCACGGCUGCCUUAGCGCUGCUGAGACUGGACGGCUUCCCGACUGCAGUGCUCCUCCUUUCCCUCCUCCUCGCAUACGACGUCUUCUGGGUCUUCUACACUCCCGUCAUGGUGACGGUCGCCAAGGGUGUCGAUGCACCCAUCAAGCUUCUCGCCCCAAAGACGGAUAACACGUUCGCCAUGCUGGGUCUGGGCGACGUCGUCAUCCCCGGUCUUCUUAUCGCUCUUUGUCUCCGCUUCGAUUUGGCCCGCUACGCCGUCGCGAACCCCAAGGUCGACGUGGGCCCGCGCUCAUCGUUUAACAAGCCCUACUUCUGGUCUGCCAUUGCGAGCUAUAUCGCGGGCCUCGGGGCCACCAUUGCUGCCAUGCUCCACACCGGCAAGCCGCAGCCCGCCCUACUUUACCUCUCGCCUGCGUGUGUUAUCGGUCCGCUCCUCACUUCUGCGACACUUGGCGAGACCAAACUCUGGUGGAUCUGGCGCGACGAGGAGGAGGAGGAGAAGGACGAGACCAUCGAGGCUCCGAGCGAGGUCGCAAUGAUGGCGCGCAAGGAGGCCAAGGCCAAGGCUGCGGCCAAGGCUGCCGUGACCGAAGCUGAGGUGGUCGUCGAGCAGAACGGUGACGAUGAGCCGGGACACGACACGCCCGCGGAUACGCAGCCCCAGGAUAACAGCUGGAUGGACGGCGCAGGUGUUGGCGGCAACGAGGGCCCGAGAACCCGCUCUAAACGCAAGGGCGGCAAGCGCAAGUAG